UUAAUUGCGAAUUGCGAAGGUAAACCUGUAAUUUAAAGCAAAGGGUAAGGCUGUUCCUAUAGGCCACUGCAAGUUGUUUGGUUCUUUUUCUUCUCUCUCCCCUUCUCUCUGAAUCGCCUAUUUUGUGUAAUACACAAGAGAGAGAAAGAAACGUAGGAAUUCUUUCGAGAAAACGAAAGGAGAAAAUCGCUGGUGGAUCGAGGGGAAAUAUAUCUGUGAUUUGGUUUAAAUGAGGAAGGAGAUGAAGAGCUGUGAGCUCUGCAAGUUGGCGGCGACGACGUAUUGUGAAUCGGACCAAGCCAGUUUGUGCUGGGGCUGCGACGCUGUAGUCCAUGGAGCCAACUUCCUCGUGGCGAGGCACGUGAGGUGUCUUCUCUGCCACGAUUGUCAGUCUCCCACUUCGUGGAGAGCUACUGGUUCCAAGCUCGGUCACACGGUCUCCGUCUGCGAGAGGUGCGUUAACGGCGGUGAUCGGGAAGAGAGUGAAGCUGAAAAUGACGCUGACGGAGGUAUCAACAACGACGAUGAAGGAGAUGACGAUGAGGAUGCGGGAGGUGAUUCCGAUGAUGACGUGUCAAUUGAAGAUGAUGUGGAGGACGGAGAUAAUCAGGUGGUGCCGUGGUCAUCAGCAGAUGCGGAUACACCUCCGCCGCCGUCCAGUUCUUCUAGUAGCGGAGAUUAUUCCGCUGGUGAAAGAGAAGUCUCUAGAUCAACAAAUUUGUUCUCGUUGAAAAGGUCGAGAGAAAAUGCUUCAGAUAACUCACAGAACGAUCCAGACCGUUUAUCUCCUAAACGGAGAUACGGUUUACAGAAAAGAGGAUGAAUCCGUUUCGGUUAACUCCAGGUGAUUGAAAGAACAACAGAUCAAACCGGUGCAGUUUCAGUCCGAGAAGCACGAUCGAGUAGAGAGUCAUUAGGAGAAAAAAGUGAAAGUGUAUGAGAAAAUCCAGUAAAAAAUCUUUAAAAAUCGUUAGUAAUUGUAAUCUCUUAGCCGUCCGAUUUGAGUUGGUUUGCCUGCUAUUUCUGAUCUUCUCUAACCCACUCUAACAAUAGUCAUUGAUAGGAAUGUAGACACCCCUGUAGGCCUGUAGUGUGGGUUUAAUUGUACUAAUAAUCCAAGAAAUUUCAAGAGUGCUAAUUACUGCAACAACAAAGUGUGAUCUUUUAUCAGAUUAAUGUUGUUUCUUUAGCAGCCUUAAGGAUGUGUGUGAAGCAAGUGCAGCAGCAGAUAAAGGGUCCGCGUCCUUGAUUCAUUGAACGACAUCCACUAAUAAAGGUGGCUGCUCUCUAUCCAGACUAUCCAUUCGUUUCACAGCGUCAGAAUUUUGUCAGUGAAAUGCCAUGGACAAUCACAAGGCACGUAUACCAAUUUCAUUUUUUUUUGUUCUAGAAUAUAUUUUGUGCAUAGACAGGAUUGUGCUUGUCGAUCACUUGUAACGCAUCUUCUUCUACUAAAAACAAGCAAGGAGGGCUAUGAGUGUAGUGCGUGUACUUGUUGUGUAUUGCCUAAUAUGUAAACAGACAUUUCAUUU